AUGUCUGCCGAAGAAGACCUCAUCGACUACUCUGAUGACGAAAUUCAGGCCACUGAUGCUGCCGCCUCAUCUACUGCCGCUGCGACAACAAACGGCGCAGCAGGGAAGAAGGGUGAUCUGACUGUGACUGGUAAAGGAGCCGACAAAAAGGGAAGCUAUGUCGGCAUUCACUCAACCGGUUUUCGCGACUUUCUUCUGAAGAGUGAACUUCUUCGUGCCAUUACCGACUGCGGUUUCGAACAUCCAUCGGAGGUUCAGCAAGUAUGCAUACCUACAGCUAUGCUUAACGUCGAUGUUCUUUGUCAAGCAAAGUCAGGUCUCGGAAAGACGGCGGUUUUUGUCCUCACUACGCUACAUCAACUCGAAGCAGUCCCGGGAGAAUGCCAAGUCCUCGUCAUGUGUCAUACCCGUGAGCUAGCAUACCAGAUCAAGAAUGAGUAUGCUCGGUUCAGCAAGUACCUACCAGACGUCAAGACCGCUGUCUUCUAUGGUGGUACGCCCAUGGUGAAGGAUAUCGAAAUCCUAUCCAACAAGGACACAUACCCCAAUAUCAUCGUGGCUACCCCAGGUCGGCUCAACGCGCUAGUCCGUGACAAGAAGCUCUCGCUUCGAAAUAUCAAGGCUUUCGUUCUCGACGAGUGCGAUAAGAUGCUGGACCAAAUUGACAUGCGCCGUGACGUACAGGAAAUCUUCCGUGCGACACCUACCGAAAAGCAAGUCAUGAUGUUCAGUGCCACUCUGUCGCAGGACAUCCGACCCAUCUGCAAAAAGUUCAUGCGAAAUCCGCUCGAGGUAUAUGUUGAUGAUGAGACCAAGCUUACAUUGCACGGACUCCAGCAAUACUACGUCAAGCUCAGCGAAGGCGAGAAGAACCGGAAGUUGAAUGACCUCCUUGACACUUUGGAGUUCAAUCAAGUCAUCAUCUUCGUCAAGAGUACUCUGCGAGCAACCGAGCUGGACAAGAUCCUUCGCGAAUGCAAUUUCCCCAGCAUUGCUGUACAUUCUGGCGUCAGUCAAGAGGAGCGAAUCAAACGCUAUAAGGAAUUCAAAGAGUUCAACAAGCGCAUCUGUGUUGCCACUGAUGUCUUCGGCCGCGGUAUUGACAUCGAGCGGAUCAACCUGGCCAUCAACUACGACUUGCCAGCUGACGCCGACUCAUAUCUCCAUCGUGUUGGCCGUGCGGGGCGUUUCGGCACCAAGGGGCUCAGUAUCUCAUUUGUGAGCAGCGAGCAGGAUGAGACUGUCUUGAAGGAAAUCGAGAGCAGGUUCGAGGCUAAGGUGCCAGAGUAUCCAGCGGAGGGUGUCGACUCGAGCAGCUACAUGGCCUCUUAG